ACGGUUACGAUUGCGGUUCCGGUUACAGAUCUAUUCUGCGUUGGCCUGUAGCGUUUUGUGUUGCGUUUUUUAACUAGGCCAUGAGUGCAAAUAUAGCCAACAUAUAUCUCAAUUUCUCUCACACUCAUGGCAUAGUUACAAAACGCAACGCAAAACGCUGUCAUGGGACGCCAGCCUCACUCUUGGACAUAACCAACCAACUAGUUAAAUAAAUAAAUAGUUGAAAGUGAAAUAAGUGAAAUUCUUUAUAUAACAAAUGCAACAGUCUGAUUCUUUUGUAAACAUUUUGAAUUAAGUCGUACGUAAUAGAAUCUGUAGUGACAAGUUUAUUUUAAUCGAGAUUUAAACAGUUAAACUAUGUCAAACAUCGACUGUCGAGGUGUGAAACGGGGAAGAUGCUCCUGCGAGCAUUGCACAGAAUUUUUGUCAACUUCUUUAAAAAUUGAAUGCGCUUAUUGUGGCUGUAUACCCGUGAAGCAUUCAGUAUUAAAUUAAGAGAACUUGGUUUUACACUUUGAUGGCGUAAAUCAAAAUGGUCAAAAUAUUCAAUCUGGAAAUAAUCGUGAUUUUCAGCCAGAAAAUAAUCUAUUUGUUAAUCCCGAACACGAAACUUCUGAAGCUAUUGAUGACGAAAAUGAAAAUCGUGAAGAUUUUGAUGCCGAAAAUGAAAAUCAUGAAGAUUUUGAUGCCGAAAAUGAAAAUGAUGAAGAGAUGAACCGCAAUCAAUAUGAUAAUCUGCCGGAGGAAGAUUUAAUCGAAAUGGUUAAGAUGCAGGAUUUAAUACCGUCUACUUUUAAUGAACACUUUCAUUCGGACAUCACAACUGAACUAUUUAAGGAGAAAGAGUUGAAGAAAAAUGAUUUCUGUAAAAUAGUCAGGUUAAUUGCAAACAAAUUAGUGGAGGCUGGCAAAACCAAUCCAACAUACAUAUUGUUAGCUUCAAUUGUCGCUACACAAAGAUUUCCUGGACUUAGAGGGAAUAACACAGAAGUGAUUCAUAGAAGAAUGCAGAUUCGUCUAGCACAGUGUUUAAAAAAUAAGGUACAGAGAGCAAAAGAAGUUUGUUCUAAAGAAAGUGAGAAGGAAUAUUGUGCCAUUUCCGAAAACGAAUUAUUAGAAACAAAUGUACAAUUGCUGUUAGAGGAAUCACAAAAGUCGAAAGUGGAUAUAAAUAGAGUAAAAAAUCUUCUGACUGCAACAAGAAGCGAAAGACAAAAAGAUGCAAAAUCGCUUCCAGCAGAAAAACUGCUUGAAAAAUACCCUAUUUUGCAGGAUACUAACUUUCUUCUAUGGGAAUUUGGGGAAUUGGUAGGAAUGUCUACCAACUCUAUGAAAAAAAACUUAGCAAUAGGUAUACCAAAAUUAGUGUCAAUAUUACCGGAUGAGGACGUUACAGAAAGAGUUGAUCUUUUUUUACUAGAAAAGGUGGAUUCAUUUUUUCCAAACAAAAAUACAAAAAAAGGUUCUCAGGCAAGACGCAAACUUGUCACAGUUUUGGAGUUUUCAGUGGAUUUGAGAAAUAAGGGCACUAAUGAAGAAAGUGGCGCAACGGAAUCACCGGAUGCAAAUAGAGCACCAUUUUUAAUAAUCUGUGGUGACUCCACAAAAAAUGUCAAAUGUUAUGUUGACGCGGAACCACUUUUCGUGGAAACGCCAUUAAAUGCGAUUUUAUUAGUAAUAGCCGCCUAUUGGAUUUUUGAUAUCAGCUUUGAUAAACAUUUUCAGAAUCAAUUGAUUCUUUUAAGCAUGGUCAUGUUCGGUAAUCAGGCUGAAAAAAUUCUUGGUGCGCAUAAAAUCGAAUCUAUAUCCGUAAAUAACUUACUUAUUAAAGCUAAAUUAAGCAGUCGCUAAAAACUUGUCUGAUUUGCAAAGUUAGUCAGGAGUAGUCAAAUUUCAUUUUGUUUUUAUAUUUUACUUCAUUAUUUUAUAUGCUAUAAGCAUAAAACUAUUUUCUUAAUUACCUUUAGACUUGUUAAAAAUUUAACUGUUCUAUUCAAUAUAUCUGAAGGGAAAAAAGUCAGAAUUAUUUUUUAAUUUAUAAUAAAACAGUAUUAUUUUCCUACAUAUUAAAUAAGUGUUAAAAGGUAAAAUUCAUUCCACUUAAAUUUAUAUUAUUUUGUAUUUUAUUUUAGUUUUAUGUAUUAUUGAUUAAGAAAGUGUGUUGUACAAUAUAUAAAAAGUUUAUUCAAUAUGUAUUAAUACAGAUGAUAUAAAAUGUCACACAUUAUCUUUAAUAAAAAGUUAUUGAAUAAUAAAAUAAAAUUGCAAACAAAUUUAUUUCGAAACAUACGACACAAACAUAAAAUAUUUUUUAUUUCAAUUAAAAACAAUUUUUUUUUCAUUAUUUUAUUAAAUCUGAUAGCAUAGUUUGAUUGAGAUUUGUUCAUAAAUAAGCGUUAAGCCGGAAGAAGAAUAACAAAUAGACUUGUAUUCGUAAUCGCAUUUAUAAUUGUCUGUAGUUUAUAUAUUGAAUUUCUUUAAUGUAAUUCUUUUUUUAACAACAUUCGAGAUCAUUGAAACUAUAUACAAGUUCACCGUAUCCGACUAAACUGCGUUCCAUUAUCUGAUGUUUUGUUUACUAUUUGAAACUAUUAAACAAUUAUUAUGAUAAAAAGAAAAAACAGAGAAGUAUCUUAUAAUUAAGUAGAAGAAAUAAAUUUGUAGAUAAUUUUCAUUCAUUUAAAGUAUUUGUUGCUCUGUUGUUGCAUUAAAAUAACAAUAAAUUGUGCUAUGUUUAAAAAAUGCUAUGAAAUACUUUCGAUCCACAGUUGACAGUCGUAGAUAUUCCACAUUUAUAUUUAAAUAUAUGUUGAUAAAGUUAGCAAUAAUAAAUAUUUAUUCACAAUGUUGUUUGUACAUCAAUAAUUUAAUAAAAUAAAAGUCCUGACGUACAAAAAUGUCUAUUCAGUAAACAAAUAUUUUCAACAGUAAUAUAAGAAAUAACAGACGAAUUAAUUUCAUUUCGCUAUUGAAAUAAAAGGUUGUAUUUAACAUUUAUUUAUUUACUGUGUUUUGCCUACAUACUCUGUAAAAAGCCGAAUAAUAAAAAAACAUUUAUUCACUUUAACACUUGUAGGUUAGGAGAUUAC